AUGUGGGUUUCUCUCGAAUAUUUAUCCUGCUACUUUCCUGAAGGGACUGACAAGUUUUUGCCUAUUCUAAACCAAACUAUUUCACAUAAUUUAGGCUCGUCUGAUGCUGCUUCCAAGUACCUUUUUUCCACUAUUCUUCCUUGCCCAGAUGAUACGAAGGGUUCUCCGCAACCUUCAGCCCCAUCACUUGUCGAUGGAAACAAACAGACAUUACGGGUCUCUUCUUCUGUACCAGACCUCACGGUCACUCUGCGUCAGAUGUCCAAGAGAACCGAUAUCCGCGAUUUCGACUGGAACACCGGAACAUCAAACGGAGAUGUUACGCUACACACAAAAGGCAGGCGAAAAUUAGAAAGGGAAUCGAUUGAGAGAGAACAGCUGGAGCGAGUAUUUCGUCAGCUGCACUCUGUUCAAAAGCGGCCGCCGAAGAAACGAGCAGAUACAAAACGCUUUCCUGCUAGGACUCCCAAACGAACUGCUUUACUUCCGAUAUCGGAUAAUGAAGAGGUGGUCGCAGAGUUGUCACAACUAUCGCCCGACUCUUUACCCGAUAAAGUCGGGAAUAACUUGCUCUCAUCCAAUGGACACCUAGGGAAGCGUUCGACGUCAAUGCUUCAUGACGGUCAAAACGCUGCGCUGUUGCCAAUCAAGAGGUCAUCACGUGCUGCAAGUGGACACGGUAGACGCGCUACCAGUUUGUCAGAUUCGGACGCAGACGCUGUCUCAUUGUGUGAACCGGGUCAUCUGCGGUAUCGAAUGGCUCGGUGCGCCAGUGAUCUGAUGAUAAGUCGGAAGGCUAGUCGACUUCUAGAAAUGAAUCCAAAUCUGUUGACUUCUUUCUCUUUCAUUGGGCCGAUGCUCAGCACAGCCGCUCCUCGUGACGGUUUCACUAUGUACAACGAAGUCAUCGCCCCGAUGUACUCCUACGCCUGGUUCCACUUUAUCUACGCACUGGCAACGCUCUAUGUCAUGGCUCAGCUGACGAACUGGUACAAUCCCCAGAGUUCUGGAGUGGACUCGCUGUCCGGAUCGUGGGCCAACAUGUGGAUGAAGUUGGCCUCCAGUUGGAUCGCUAUACUACUGUAUUCAUGGACCGUUAUCUGUCCUCGAUUUUGUGUCGGUCGUAAAUUGGGUGAUACUCCGUUCACUCCCAGAACCCCGCAAGCUACGAUCGCGGCUACCUCUCCGGUGUGAACCGCUUUUGUUUUCUAAAAACAGUGCCAACUACAAUAGUUAACUAACUACUGAACCCCUCGCCCACACUACAAUGCUAUUACCUUGCAUCCCCCUCCUUCCCCAUAUAUCUGCCUUCUUGAUGGAUGUAGAGCAUAUUUGUUAGCAAUUUCAGUCAAAUAGGUGACUAUGACGCGUGUUUCUAAAACUUAGCUUUAGAUAUGACAAAACUCAUUGCAACUCCCCUCGGACAAUCUCUUCCCAGUGAAUAUCAUCCUCCCCCUGACCCCUUCGCCGUUUGUGCUCGAACGAUGUGAGAAACACGCUUCGAUGAAGUGAUUUUCCACGCAAGUUUAUGCUACAUUUUUUGUUUGGGCAUACUCAUACACGCCUAUAUCUUAUCUGCAAGCUGGGCCUGUGGUAUGCUUUUGUCUUCAUGCAUUGAGGAUCAUGUAUUUCGGAAUUUUUGUGUGUGAAGAACUUAUCCGGAAAAGCAUUGGUUUCUCUUUUGCAUUAUGUGAGUUUACCGUCAUUGUGUACCAUCUCACCGUCGUCGGCUUGAUCGUCACCGGUCC